AACAACAAAGCAGUUGAUAUUUCCUGUUUGUUCCCGCAUAAAUGGUAAAACAGGUAGAAACCGAGAAAAAGGCAAGUUGCAAAUUGCGGAGAAAGAGAAAGAAAAAGGAUUUUGCGGAAAACGAUGCAUACUGUGUUCUCAGUAGACGAUUUCUCCGACUCGUUCUGGCCGGUUCCCGCUUCCGACUCCGUGGUGGGAAUGAGUCGAAGCCAAUCUGAGUGGGCGUUGGAGAGGUUUCUAGAAGAAAUUUCUGGUGCGGGCGUGGGUAUCCCGGGAUCGCGUGCGGGCGAGAAUGUGAUUGGUCCGUCCUUGGCGGCACCUCAGACGUCCGUUUCGAAAGCGGAAGAAGGUGACGGGGAUGUUGACGUGGUGGAGAUAAAAAAGCCUAAUAAUCAGAAUCGUAGUCCUCCGCCGUCUGAUCCGACACUGACGGUCUCGAUUGACUAUGAUGGGAACCCCGCGAUCCUCAAGAAGAAGCUCGAUCAAGCCUGCGCUGCUGUUGCUUUCUCUCGUGCGUCGGUUGUGAAGGCAGAAGAUCCGUCUGCCCAAGCUGAAAAUCAAGCGCUUCAAUCGGGAUCCCAAGUUCAUGGUUCCUCAAAGACACAGGGACAGGGUGAACCUGAUGCUGCACCUUGUGGAAUUUCGGCUGUUUCAACUACACAAAAAAAACCAGGGAUACAAGUGAGGCAAACCACAAGUGGAUCAUCAAGAGAAGAUUCAGAUGAUGAUGAGCUUGAAGGAGAUACUGAAACCACUGACAACAUGGAUCCAGCUGAUGCAAAACGUGCAAGGAGAAUGCUGUCAAAUCGAGAAUCAGCUAGACGCUCUAGAAGAAGAAAGCAAGCACAAAUGAAUGAACUUGAAGUGCAGGUUGGUCACCUAAGAGUUGAACAUUCCACAUUACUUAAGCGCCUAACUGACAUGAAUCACAAGUAUGAUGAAGCUGCUGUUGACAAUAGAAUUCUAAAGGCUGAUAUUGAGACUUUAAGAGCAAAGGUGAAAAUGGCUGAAGAAACAGUUAAACGUGUGACAGGGAUUAACCCUGUUCAGCUAUCUAGGCCCAAUGUACCUAGUGUAGGCAUGCCUUUUGUUAGCAGCCCAUUUGAAGCAUCUACAGCUGCUCCUGUGCCAUUGCAGCCAAGCACUAAUCAGUUUUUUCACCAACCAGUUCCGAGCAUUGCUGCUCCCAUGCAUCAUCAGAGAGCGGACAACAGAUUCACGGGCAAAACUCUGGUUCCUCCUAUUUUGAAUCCACAAACUGAAGUAGGACUUGAAAAUGUCAACGAAAUAUCUGCAUUGCAGCAUACAACCAGCUUGGAGCUGGUUCAAGAUCAGAUAGGGCACAGUGGCAUGCAAAAGCAGAUUGGCCCUGGUGUGAGUCCAUGUGUGCCCAUACCUGGCUGGGAGCCUGGACUAUCGCAUGCGGCUGCCAAGAACAAGAAGCAAAGUUGAAUAUUAGUGCCCUUCCCCUUGCUUUCUUGGAUUAGGUUUCAGAAGCUUAGCUGGUGGUACUACUAUAAUGGGUAUUGAUUCUCACUGCAUUUUUGUAUUUAAGAUGUUCAUUACUAUUGACCAUAUCUUUCAUCAUAACAUGACUGUACUACUCGGUUCCUUGAGUAAACUUAUCUGGUAAAUAAUUGUCUGAAAUUCCUAUGAAGUUCAUAA